UUCCAUGCGUGAUUAAAAUUAUUAAGUAGGAACUUGACUGGAUCAUUUGUUUAAAAUUUGAUGUAAUCUGGGUUGCCUAAUAGCCAUAUUUAAAAUGAUUGCCGGAGUAUGACGGCAACAUUGCCAUUGACGUCAAAAGAACCAUAACCUCGUGCAACCUUUGGACUGAUCUGUUUUGUAAAUACGUUAGUGACAAGAGAAAAGUGUCUUUAAAAUGGCUUUACAAUCGGGCAUAAAAACACUGCAGCUCUCGAAAGUUUUAUGCAGAAAUUACGCUUCUGCAGGAAAACUAGUCGAUGUGGCCGUCAACGAUAAAACUGGGGUUGCGACUGUUACAAUGCAAAGACUCCCGGUAAACAGUUUAAAUUUAGACCUUCUGAAUGAUUUAUCUACGACAUUUACACAUCUGGAAAACAACAAAUGUAGAGGAAUGAUUUUAACAUCCGCAUCGAACUCAGUUUUCUCAGCAGGUCUGGAUAUCAUGGAAAUGUAUAAACCAGAUCCAGAUAGAGUCAGAAGUUUCUGGACUACCCUCCAAGAAAUGUGGAUCAAGUUGUAUGGCUCUGCAUAUCCAACUGUAGCUGUGAUUAAUGGACAUUCACCUGCAGGAGGAUGUCUCAUAUCUAUGUCAUGUGAAUAUAGGAUUAUGUUACCAAAGUUUACAAUUGGUUUGAAUGAAACGCAAUUGGGCAUUGUUGCACCCACUUGGUUUGCAGCCACCAUGAAAAAUACCAUUGGAACUAGACAAACUGAGUUGGCUUUAACACAAGGUAGACUAUUUUCAACAGAUGAAGCAUUACAGAUUGGUAUGGUUGAUGAGGUGGCACAAACCAAAGAAGAAGGAUUAAGUAAGGCUGAACAAUUUUUAAAUAAAUUUGCUAGGAUUUCUCCAAUGGCUAGAUUUGCUUCCAAACAAGUGGUUCGAGGCAAGGACAUUCAAAAUUUGGCCAAAAACAGAGAGCAAGAUUUAAAUGCUUUUAUUGAUGUUGUUACUUUAGAUAAAGUUCAACAAGGUUUGCAAAUGUACAUUGAAUCUUUGAAAAAGAAGAAGGCUUAGAGUUGAUAAUUACUUGUGUAGAUUGUUUAUGUUUGCUUUUUUACUUUUAUAUAUGAAGAAGGUUUAAUUUAAUUUUAAUUUCUUGCAUUGAUUGUUGAUUGAAUAUAUAUUUAUAUAUUUACCUUAAUAAAGAAAAUGAAAAAACA